UCUCGUGUUGUUGUCUGAUGUUGCUAGCUAGCCAGCUUGAAUCGGCAGUCAAAGUGGGAGCUGGCUGACGCCAAAUUAUUGUAGCAAUUGUAACAAAGUACUCGUAACCAAAGCACGUAAAGAAUGAGAAGAGUUACCUUAUUUAUCAACGGGACGUCUAAAAAUGGCAAGGUUGUAGCAGUGUACGGGACCUUGUCAGACUUAUUAUCUGUAGCAAGCAAUAAGUUAGGAAUCAAAGCCUCCUGUCUGUACAAUGGAAAGGGUGGUCUCAUAGAUGACAUUGCCCUUAUAAGAGAUGAUGAUGUGUUGUAUGUGUCUGAAGGAGAUCCAUUUAUUGAUCCUCAAAAUGAAGCCAAGGUCACAGCUGAUCAGCAGGGAGCUCACACUGAUUGGCUGACACUUAAUAUCGGUGGUCGUUCCUUCACCACCACCAGGAGCACCUUAGUAAGCAAAGAACCCGAGAGUAUGCUCGCUCACAUGUUUCGAGAGAAAGAUGUGUGGGGGAACAAACAGGACGAGCAUGGAGCAUACCUGAUCGACCGCAGCCCUGAAUACUUUGAGCCAAUUCUCAACUACCUGAGGCACGGACAGCUCAUUAUCAAUGACGGCAUAAAUAUACGAGGUGUCCUCGAGGAGGCUCGCUUCUUUGGAAUUGAGCAACUUGCUGAACAGCUCGAGCUUCUAAUCAAGAACUCACAGCCACCUGAGGACCACUCACCCAUUUGCCGCAAAGAGUUUGUUCGUUUUCUUCUGGCAACACCAACCAAAUCAGAGCUCCGCUGUCAGGGUCUUAAUUUCAGUGGCGCUGAUCUCUCACGACUUGAUCUGCGUUACAUCAAUUUCAAGAUGGCCAAUCUGAGUCGCUGCAAUCUGACACAUGCCAACCUGUGCUGCUCUAAUCUGGAGAGGGCCGAUCUGUCAGGAGCCAACCUGGAUGGUGCUAACUUACAGGGGGUGAAGAUGCUCUGCUCCAAUGCAGAGGGUGCUUCUCUUAAAGGAUGCAACUUUGAAGAUCCAUCCGGACUGAAGGCCAACCUUGAAGGUGCUAACCUGAAAGGAGUCGACAUGGAAGGAAGCCAGAUGACAGGAAUUAACCUGCGUGUGGCCACUCUGAAAAAUGCAAAGCUGAAGAAUUGUAACCUGCGGGGAGCCACUUUAGCAGGGACUGAUCUGGAGAACUGUGAUCUGUCCGGCUGUGAUCUCCAGGAGGCCAACCUGAGAGGGUCUAAUGUGAAAGGAGCCAUUUUUGAGGAGAUGCUGACCCCUCUGCACAUGUCUCAGAGCGUCAGAUAAAUGGGCACAAACCCGUAGGUCCAGUGUGAACGUCAGCUGGCUUCUUUAAUGCUCUUUUCCUCAAAUAUAUUCCCCUACUUUUCAAUCUUUACCUGUCUGCAGCACAGGUACCUGUAUGCACAUCCCUGGCAUUCCACCUACCGUCUAUUAUGUUAGCUUUAAAUAUCUUGCACUAGAAUUUAUUCAGGGUUGUCCAUGUAUGUUUGUAAGGUAGGAUCAUGUUUUUAAAUGUUCAGCUGCGUUUAUCACCAAACAGAAAUAAUGUUACUCGUGUAUUUUGAUGUGUUUGAAUGCUCUUCAGUGACUAUACACAUUUCAUGUUUUACAUAAUUUAUAUUCAUGUUAUGUUGUUGACAUGGUAACGGGAGUCUGAAUCAGAUAAUCUGUGUGCAGUGAAGUUCAGAGCUUCACUGAUGCUGCUGUAGCAGAACCAGAAGAGGUCACUUACCAAUAACUGUGCUGAUAUUUGUUCCUGUUUUUAAGUGUGUUACUUAAAUUUGCUGGAUUCAACAUAUUCUAAAAGAAGCAAUGCAAGCCAAAGCCAUAACGACAGCAGAGCCUGAAAGGUUUGACGUGCUGUUAGUGCAACAUAAAACUAUGCGACAGGCUAGUUUUAAACACAGCUUAGGUAUGCAAUACGUGAUUUACAGCUGUGGGGUUUUCAGAAGUUGUUCUUAAAAAGCUUUCUCUUGUUUUGCGCUAUGUGAAUCUACCUCUUUUUUUUUAUCUGUUGUGUGAGCGAUCCACAGUUGCAUGCAUUUAUUGUAAUGUUUAUGUAUGACAUUCAUUAUCCUUCCAGAUGUCACAUUGAGAAAAUAAUCCACUUUGGUGUGCUUUAAGAAGAAGCCAUUUUCACGUGUCGUUAAAGCGUGGACGUUUUCUCCACGUCUAUCACUUAAUCAUGCUUUGAUCUUCUUUACAUGUGUGUGUUAACUUGUAACAUGUUCUACCUUUUCACCAAAAGACAUUUGGUGCUUGUAAUCUUAAUGUAAAUCAAAUCCAGUGUUUCCAAAAAAAAAAAAGACUUCCAAAAGAAUCGUUCCUAGAUUAGGAAGGUGUCGUCAGCUGUUUAGUCGAGGGUCUCUCCUCAGUAUGUUUGCAUGUGUGAAGAGUUGUUUUCUCUCGCUGUAGCUCAAAGCUGCUCUGAUGCAAUACUAUAUUCACUCAGUUCUUUUAACAGAAGGUACCCAGCCUGUGAGAAUGAAUGAUGAAGGCAAUCAAAGUCGUGUCAAAUCAAUGGAAGAGCUAUGGUUAUUUAUUUUGGUACAUCUUACUAAAUGCAAUAUGGGGCAAAGGCUGGUUUGUGUUUGAGGCAGAAAGUUCGGGAAUGCGUCCCUAUCUAUGAAUAUUGCACUCGACCGUGGAAAUAUAUUUCCAUAAACGACUGUUAAAUAAACUGCUAUGAAG